GCGCACCGUUUUACAGGAGAACCCAUCCUCACCAUCCUCCCCCAAAUCCAUUUGAAGGCUCACAAAAAUCUCUCUCGCACUCAUAAACCCUCGUUCGCUCUCUUCUCUCUUGUGGCUAAGGACUAAGGGAAACGCCGAUGGGAAGAUGAAUUUCACAGGCCUUCCAUUUCUGAAGGAAUCCCAAGUCAUGUUUAUGGCUUCUUCAUUUCCUCAGCUUCUUCUUAUUCCCAGAUGCGAGCCAAGUUGGACAUUUCACUACUGCCCAUUCCUCAACCUAAACCAACAUCAGGAUCUUAGAGUACGUUAUAAAUGGGCUGUUACAGCUAUUUCUAAGAAGAAAGUUUCAGAAAGCUUAGUUCAAGACGGAUUCAAUGAAGAGGAGAUUGGAAAGAAGAAGACUCCUAGGACACCUAGACGUACCACCAAAAGUACUAGAAAGAAAACCUCAGAUGAUACGCCGAACCUAAAAAGUGAAUUAGUAUCUUCAGUGAAUGAGACUGAAGUUGAGGAAAGCAUUGUUAAUGCAUCUGUAGAAGAUUCUAAGACAACCUCGAGAGUGUCUCAAAGCAAAGCUGCAUCUACCUCAACUAGCGUGGAGGACAAUAAAGCUGAGGCGAAGAAAAGGCGAGGGAGGAAGCCAAAGAAGAAGGAUAAUAGUAUGGACCUUCAGUUUAGUGAAUCUAAAGUUAGUGAUGGUGAAAAUUCCUUGCUCAUUGGAAAUGAUGUUGAUGAAAGUGACGGGGAAUUUGAUUUUGGUACCGAUGAGGGAGAUGAUGUAAGUGUCACAUACAGUUGGCCUCCUCUUGUUUGUUGCUUUGGAGCUGCACACCAUGCUUUUGUGCCUUCAGGAAGGCCAGCAAACAGACUUCUCGAUUAUGAAAUCCACGACAGACUGAAAGAUGCAUUAUGGGCCCCAGAAAAGUUUGUUAGGGCACCUGGAGGAUCUGCAGGAAGCGUUGCAAUUGCACUUUCAAGCUUGGGUGGAAAAGUAGCUUUUAUGGGAAAACUUGGUGAUGAUGACUAUGGUCAGGCCAUGUUGUAUUAUAUGAAUGUGAAUAAUGUUCAGACUCGAUCAGUUCGGGUUGACAGUAAGCGGACAACAGCUGUGUCACAUAUGAAAAUUGGCAAGAGGGGUCGCUUGAAAAUGACUUGUGUUAAAUCUAGUGCAGAAGAUUAUUUAUCAAAGUCAGAGAUCAACAUAGAUGUGUUAAAGGAGGCUAAAAUGUUCUACUUUGGCACACAUUCCCUCCUUGAUCCGAAUAUGAGAUCAACUUCAAUGAAAGCCAUUAAAAUUGCUAAAAAGUUGGGGAGCGUUAUUUUUUAUGAUUUGAACCUUCCUUUACCUCUUUGGCACUCUCGUGAUGAAACAAUAGAGUUCAUACAACAAGUGUGGAAUCUUGCAGAUAUUAUUGAGGUCACGAAGCAAGAGCUCGAGUUCCUUUGUGGGAUCCAGCCAUCAGAGGAAUUUGACACCAGAAACAAUGAUAGUUCAAAAUUUGUCCACUAUGAACCAGAAGUUAUUAAGCCACUUUGGCAUGAAAAUCUCAAGGUCUUGUUUGUGACUAACGGAACUUCUAAAAUACACUUCUAUACCGAGGAGCAUGAUGGCGCUAUUCUUGGAAUGGAGGAUGCCCCACUUACCCCUUUCACUUCUGAUAUGUCAGCAUCAGGAGACGGCAUCGUAGCUGCUCUAAUGAGAAUGUUAUCAGUUCAGCCCCAUCUGGUUACUGAUAAGGGAUACUUAGAACGCUCAAUAAAGUAUGCAAUCAACUGUGGCGUAAUUGACCAAUGGUUACUUGGACGAACACGUGGCUAUCCUCCAAAUGAUGACACAGAGGAAGUGACCACAGACGAAAAUGGCAUACGGUCUAUAACAGAAGUCGAAUUCCGCACAGUUGCUGCUGUAAGUUAACUUUAUUGUUAGCACUGAUGGAUGUAGAUUAUUUGUUUGUUGUAUGCCACAGAACAGAGGAUUCCAUUUCCUUGUCCUCAACUGCUAUGAGAAAAUAAGUGUUUUCCCCAAUGUGACUUAGCUAUGAUGUGGCUUUAUUGCAAUAGAAAUUUUGUAGUGUAGUCUUGUACCUUGUCUUAACAAGAGAGACUCCAAGCUCGGUUGCAAUGUGCGAAUUAUUUUCCUUCUUUGUACGAAAGAAUUGGGUUGCUUGUCUCUAGAUGCUAUUGCCACUAAUUUAGUCCUUAUUUCUAGUUUUUGUUUUUAA